GGCAGACAAGAGGGAUAAAUGGCGAAAGAAGUUCUCCUAAAUGGCCCUGCAGAUGUUCUGACUGACUUUGGAGUGGUUUUGGACUGUUUUAUGCCCUCUAUUUAGAGAAGACUUAAUUCUUGUAGCCAUCUACCAGUCUCUGACAUUGGUCUGAGAUUUAUUCAGAGUCUGUGGAAGUGAUCAGAUUCAUCAGUGGAGAUCAAACUGUGACUGAAUGAUUCAUGGCUCAUUCACAAACAUUCAGAGAUGAAGAUGAUUCUUCAAGAGUCAGGUUGAGUGGUUGUAAUAUCCCAGAUGAAGGUUGUGUUGCUCUGACUUUAGCUCUGAAAUCAAACCCUUCACACCUGAGAGAACUGGAUCUGACUGAUUAUAAUCUCACAGAUUCAGGAGUGAAGCUGAUCUCUGAUGUACUGAAGAAUCCUGACUGUAAACUGGAGAUACUAAAGUUGUGGAGUUGUGAUAUCACAGAUGAAGAUUGUGUUGCUCUGAUUUCAGCUUUGAGAUCAAACCCAUCACAUCUGAGACAAGUGGAUCUGUCUUAUAAUAAAAUAAGAGAUUCAGGAGUGAAGGUGAUCUCUGAUGUACUGAAGAAACCUGACUGUAAACUGAAGAUACUGUGGUUGUGUGAUUGUGAUAUCACAGAUGAAGGUUGUGUUGCUCUGACUUCAGCUCUGGGAUCAAACCCAUCACACUUGAGAGAUUUGGAUCUGUCUGAUAAUAAUCUCACAGAUUCAGGAGUGAAGCUGAUCUCUAAUGUAUUGAGGAAACCUGACUGUAAACUGGAGAUACUGAAAACAGAGAUCAGUGUGAUGGAGAUACCUAAAGCACCAGCUGAACAUGGUCCUUCCUCUGCACUAACCCAGCCUCCGUCUCCAGGAUUGCCACCAACCCAACAUCAGUUGUUUAGUUGUGGUAUCACAGAUGAAGGUUGUGUUGCUCUGACUUCAGCUUUGAGAUUAAACCCAUCACACCUGAGAUAUCUGAAUCUGUCUUAUAAUAAACUAAGAGAUAUAGGAGUGAAGCUGAUCUCUGGUGUACUGCAGAAAUCUGAAUGUAAACUGGAGACACUGUGGUUAAGGAGUUGUGAUAUCACAGAUAAAGUUUGUGUUGAUCUGACUUCAGCUCUGUCAUCAAACCCAUCACACCUGAAAUUUCUGGAUCUGUCUUAUAAUAAACUCACAGAUUCAGGAGAGAAGAUGAUCUCUAAACUAAGAGAUGAUCCAUGUUAUAAACUACAGACAGCAUGGCCUUACAGACGACAGUAAAGAUUUAAAGAUGUCUGUCUGAUCUUCAGUAUCAUCUGAUGGUGAAUAAGAAGACACAAUAGUGACAUAACAACACAAAAUCAACACAAACUGAAAACACAACAACACCUCACAUUGAUAACACUUUUUUUUAAACAAUUUUAAAUCCUACAAUGGGAUUAUUAAUAUAAAUAUGUUUUUGGGGUCUGUGUUUAUUGUUUGCUGUUAAAAACAUUUAUAAGUUGUUUGAAUAAAAGUGUCAGCUAAAUGAAAUAAAUGUAAAUAUAAAUGAUAUAAAUUAUAUUUCUCUCAAUAAUUAAGACACAUUUAUUAAUAUUUUAAAAACAAAAAUCUCUAUGAAAUCUUAAUUUUCACUUUAUUUCACAUCCAUCACUUCAUAUAAAUUUCAUCAUUAUAAAUAUGAUUAUUUUUUGUAGGAGUAACUUGACAGAUUAAUGAUUUAAUAAACUAAUAAUGAGCGUCA